CUAAGGCCAGCACGAGUGGCAUCAGCCUCAAGAUCCCUGAAUCCAUACGUAGUAUUUUUUGUUGUCGUCGCAGUGGUGGCGAUCCUGGCAGUGAUCAUAGGUCUACUUGUCUACUUUUUAGCUUUUGAUCAAAAAUCUUCCUUUUACCAAAGCAGCAUUCAAAUCCUGGGUAUUCAAUAUAGUGAUGAGUUUAGUUCACCAGCUACAGAGAAAUAUAGGACUUUGAGUGGAAAUAUUGAAUCUAUGAUUACUAGAACAUUCAAAGAGUCAGAUUUAAAAAAUCAGUUCAUCAAAGCUCAUGUCGUCAAACUGAGGCAAAGUGGAAAUGACCUGAUAGCAGAUAUUGUCAUGAAAUUUACAUUCACCAGAAGAAACAAUGAAGCAUCAAUGAAAAGUAGAAUUGAGUCUAUUUUACACCAAAUGCCGAAUAACUCUGAAGACUUCGAAAUAACUCCAACUCAGUUAAUAAUUAUGGUGAAACUCUUAGAGCAUCUCCCAGAUGUAAGCGUCAUGAUCUUCCCAGCACAUUACUUCCCUUCCCCAUUAGAAUGUGGGGUCCGCUCGGGCCUGAUAACCUUGUCUGAGGAGAGAAUCAUGGGAGGCCGUAAAGCUGAGGAAGGAGACUGGCCUUGGCAAGUCAGCCUCCAGUGGAGCAGCUCUCACCGCUGCGGAGGAGCCUUGAUCAGUAACAGGUGGAUCCUGUCAGCGGCUCACUGCUUCAGAAGCUACUCUGAGCCUCGUCAAUGGAUAGCCACCUUUGGUACUUCCACAACAUCUCCUCAACAGAGAGUAGGAGUAACGAGAAUUUUAAUCCAUGACAAUUAUAACCCUGAAACUCAUGAAAAUGAUAUUGCACUUGUACAACUUGAUAGAGAAGUCACUUAUACCAGAUAUAUUCAUAGAGUGUGUCUCCCAGAGGCUAACCAGGCCAUUUCACCCGGCUCCACUGCUUAUGUAACAGGAUGGGGAUCUCAGAGUUAUAGCGGCAGCACAGUUCCAGAACUAGAACAAGCACAGGUCAAUAUAAUAAGUAAUAAUAUAUGUAACGCACCAGCUGGUUAUAAUGGAGCCGUCCUAUCUGGAAUGCUAUGUGCUGGAGUACCUCAAGGUGGAGUGGACGCAUGCCAGGGUGACUCUGGAGGCCCUCUAGUACAAGAAGACUCACGGCAACACUGGUUCAUCGUGGGGAUAGUAAGCUGGGGGUAUCAGUGUGGUCUGCCAGACAAGCCAGGAGUGUACACUCGAGUGACAGCGUACCGUGACUGGAUAACCCAACAAAUUGGGAUCUAGUGCCAUAAACAUAUCUUGGUUCAAGAGUCUGAAUGCAGACAUGUCUGUCUAAAAUUCUAAAACUUUCUAGCUGCAAAAGAAACUAAGUAUCCAAUUUUAACAUGUUUCAUACUAUUUAAUCUUUCUCUGUUACUAUGGGUUUCUAUUUUCUCAAGAAAAUUACAUGAAUGUUGCAUAGUACUGGGGCUAUGUGCCAGGGGAAACAUAGUAAACGAGUUACAGAGGUAACAAUUAUGCUAUACUUGUGAUGACCAAAGUACUACUAGUGAGAAAAGCAGGUACCUGGAGAGUGGAAACUCCAGGCAACUGCACAAGUCUCCAGGGUCACAGGAGUUUCCUCUAAGGAAGUCUCAUCAAAGCUGGGAAAAGGGCAAAGUAUAGAAACUUGCAAAGGACAAACUUGUUGAUAACAUUCAGGACAGAAUACCGUGAGGCAAGAAAAAAACUAGCUUUAUAAAUUUCUAGUUACUUAAUAUUUUAUACGAGGGGUGAGUCCUAAAAGUCAUGUAUGACAUCACUGUAGAGUCACAGAGCAAUCUUAAUUAUCCUGUAGGAACAUGCUCCCAUGAGAACUAGCCAAUGAAUUUCAGGCACUUAACAAUCCAAACGAGAAUAUUCACUCCUCAUCAGAGAACCAAAGAAUUAUAAUCUUCCUAACUAUUAGUUAAAAUACCUUCAUCUAUGUGAAUGAGAGAAUUUGUCUCCUCCAUAGAGAAACUCAGUAAAUAUACCUACACAACAUUCUCAGGUAACUUACAACUGUGUACAUACAUGGUGCUUUUUAACAACUAAAUAUGAGUAACUUUAAGAUCUAAAGAUCACCAAUGGCAGUUAUUUUUCAAAGUUUAGGAAUCCUCUGUAGCUAAACUCGAGUAAUGAAUUGAAAGCCAUGAGAGGAAAAAAUGAGAAGGAUUGGUUUGCAAAAAAAGUAAAAAUAAAAAGGGUAAAUAGCUUUAUUUCAAUACAAUUAUUGUGGUGAAGAAACUUUUCUCUCUCUCCUUUUUCCUCCCUCUUUCUCCCCCGCCUCCAUCCCUCCCUCUCCCCAUCUCCUUCCCUCCCUCUUUUAAUACAUGCACACCCAAAGAACAUGCAUAAAAUGUAUUAACAUUUAAUGGCACAGCAAUUUAUGUAAUAUGAAUUAUGAAUGUUACUGAAUUUUUAUGGGAUUCUAGCAUGAUCAUCUAUGUGUCAGAGCUUCCUCCUUUUAAAAGCUAAUUCAUGACACCUGGAUGUCAGAAUAACUACAUGCAUUGUGAUGAAAAUGUCUUGUAUUUACUCAUGUAAAAUUGUGAAGAGACCUCCACUGAAAUCAUUUACUUUAUAGAAGUUGAAAAUUUAACUGACUCUCAGUGAAAUGUACAAAUAAGUACUGGUACACGUUAUUCCAAAUAAACUAUUUUA